UGAAGCAAAUAAGAAAAGAGAAGAUCAUUCAGAGAUGGCAUCAAACUCCACCUCAGUUUCUCUCCUUACUCCUUACAAAAUGGGGAGUUUUGAGCUCUCUCAUAGAGUAGUGAUGCCACCAAUGACAAGGAAAAGAUCAUACAAUAAUACUCCACAGUCACAUGCUAUUGAAUAUUAUGCUCAAAGAACCACUAAGGGGGGCUUUCUCAUUUCUGAAUCAACUAGUGCUUCGGACAUCUCCAAUGGGUCCCCAAAUAUGCCUGGAAUUUGGACUGAAGAUCAAGCAGAGGCAUGGAAGCCUAUUGUUGACUCUGUUCAUGGCAAAGGUGGUGUCUUUUUUUGUCAGCUUUGGCAUCCAGGGCGACUAUCUGAUUCAAGUCUCAACAAUUUCCUUAUAGCUUGGAAUGCAGCUAACAAGAAAAAAAAGUUCAUUGAGACUGAGAUGGCAGCAAAGUCCAGCCCAGUUCCUCUCCUUACUCCUUACAAAAUGGGAAGUUUUGAGCUCUCUCAUAGAGUAGUGAUGCCACCAAUGACAAGGAACAGAUCAUACAAUAAUACUCCACAGCCACAUGCUAUUGAAUAUUAUGCUCAAAGAGCUACUAAGGGAGGCUUUAUCAUUUCUGAAUCAACUAGUGCCUCUGACAUUUCCAAUGGGUCUCCAAAUAUGCCUGGAAUUUGGACUAAAGAUCAAACAGAGGCAUGGAAGCCCAUUGUUGACUCUGUUCAUGGCAAAGGCGGUGUCUUUUUUUGUCAGCUUUGGCAUCCAGGGCGACUAUCCGAUUCAACUCUCAACAAUUUCAUAAUGUUUUGGAAAGCAGUACCUGACGAUGGUGAGUACUUCAAACCAACACCAAAGCAACUAAAAGCUAAUGAACUCCCUCUCAUUGUCAACAAUUUUAGAAUUGCAGCCCGCAAUGCCAUUGAAGCUGGAUUUGAUGGAGUCGAGAUCAACUCUGCAAACAGCUACAUAAUCGAUCAGUUCUUGAAUGAUCAAGUCAACGACAGAACCGAUGAAUAUGGUGGAAGCAUUGAGAACCGUUGUAGACUUGCUCUAGAAAUUAUAGGAGCAGUUGUGGAAGAAAUUGGAGCAGACAGAGUUGGCAUAAAACUCUCUCUAUUUUCUGAAGUGUAUGGAAAAAAAGACUCGAACCCAGAAUUUCUAUCGACUUAUUUGGCUAGCGAACUCACUAAGCUUGGAGUUUUAUAUCUACAUGUGUUUGAGCCAAAGGACGAACCUCGUUGCCUAAAAUCAAUAAGGAGUGCAUUUGAAGGGACACUUAUUGCUUCUGGUGGAUACAAUAAAACUGAUGGAGAUGAAGCAAUUACUGAAAGUUAUGCUGAUUUGGUUUCAUUUGGACGUUUGUUUUUGGCAAAUCCUGAUUUGCCUAAACGUUUUGAAGCGAAUGCACCGUUGAACAAACAUGAUAGGAGCACUUUCUAUAAGACUGAUCCUGUAGUUGGUUACACUGAUUACCCGUCUCUUGAAAUUGCUUGUUAAUUUGGUUAUAAUCUUUGUGAAAAACUAUGUUUUGCUCGGACUCUUAAAAAAUGUCGACAGGGGACUAUUGGAUCCUCUAAAAUUAGUGCAGUCCGAGCAACGUAGAUGAACAAUAAUGUUGUUUGCUUCUAGUUGAUAAAAAGGGGGUAUUGUUUUCGAAAUAAUAAUAGGAAACUUACUUUGUAUUGAUGUAUUCAAGAAGGAAGUUAUGUA